AUGUCAAGAAUUGCGCGAGAUGGCUAUUCGGCACUUGGCCGCGGCGCCGUUAAUCUUAGAUUAAAUUCGGCCUACAUUGCACAAAGCUACGUAACGCAUGGUUGGCAGGCUCUGUCCGGUUUUGAUCUCGAUAAACUUCUCCACUUCUACACAAUUGCCGCUUUAAUUGCCGAACACAAGGAGCCCUCACUUAUCGCGAUUUGUCGGAAAUAUGAUCCAAACGAAAAAUUCAUUCUCAGUGUAUCCAUUAUUGCUGAUAUCGAGUGCUGCCCACAUACUCCACCACCAGAACCAGGUACAGCUCGGAAAAUAUCGACAAAUUUGCCGACGGCAGUUACGCGACCACUCGCAUUCUCACUGAAGCCAGCGCAGUUAUCACCAUCGACGGUCCUACAUGAAAUCGCUGUUACCAGUUACAGCCCAAACGACCAGUUCCGUUCUGCCGUGCCAACCGAAGUUUAG